AUGAGCGGUGUCACCCUUAAACUCCGCCAACGGCGGUCCAUGAUGCGCCUUCUUCACGAAGGCCGUUCGAUUCUCGAGUACAACUUCGAGCCAAAUGCCUUCACCAUCCCCCAGUGGAUCCUAGUUCCCCCAGAGGUGCGCUGUGCAAUGAAAGACCUCCAGUGCAGAGCUAUGGAAGCCAUCUGUGGCAUGAAGCACCUCAUGGUGUCCCGCAACGAACGAUACUUCAAGUUGUGCCCCCAAAACACAGGAUCUAUUACCUACCGACUCCACCACUCCUCCAUGGAACGUCUUCUCCAAUGGAAAGAGGAUUGGAAACUCGCCGACCCGACUCUUGCAGCCGCCGCCAAAAUCCCCCGUGACUCCCUCCAGUUCUGUGUCGACUCAAUCGCCUACGGAAAGUUCACCUAUGACUACACCCACAAGAUCGACCACUACAUGUCCGGUGAAUUCCAGAACUGGCGUCAGUUUCGCACUGAGAUCGGACACCUUGCCUAUCGUCUCAUGAGCCACAAGCCGCAUGACUAUGAGGAAUGGCGUAUCUGGUGGGAAGGCAAAUUCGCUGAAGAUAUGUGGAAGUGGGAGGUUUGCCUUGAGGGUCUGAUCCUGCCUACUUGGGAGGAGAUCAUCGAUGACGUUUAUCUGAUGAUCCACGAUCGAGUCGAGGAUGCCCAGUCUCUGGCCGACUCGUUCUACAUCAGCAACCCGGUGUUGGCUUCGGCCAUAUAA